AUGGCACCACUAGCUAACUUUUCUGAGCCUGCGUCUACCUUGCCGCGCCAAGGAGACUUGCACGAUUACUGGCCCGUCUUGCCAUCGGAACUUGUCUUGCACAUCUUUCAAAGUCUAUCAACCGUCGAACAGCUAUGGUCAUUGGCCUGCAGCUCAAGCCGCCUGUGGAAAGUGUUCCGCGCCAACAGUACCCGCAUUCUGCAGAGGGUCCUGGAAGACGAUACCCAUCCAUGGCUCCUCAACGUCAUACACGCCACAUUCAAUCUGCACGCUCGGGACAUUCGGCUGCGGCGCUACGAAGAGUUUCGGCAUCUGGACUUCUCUUUGGAGGCGCCGGAGUCCUUGUCAAAGACAGCGCCUCCCGAGUUCGUGAUAAGAUUCGUGACUAAGACACGCAGAUUUCACGCCAUGGCACAUGUGAUUCUUGAGAAUUGCAUGAAAGAUAUUUGGAGUAUAGGGGACAAGCUUCACCCAGCAUGUCCCGACGGAGACGGCAUGGAGCUGACUUUGUGUAUUGACAGGCAAGCGAGCCCGAGUGAGGAGACGCGUGCCGUCAUGGGACUGUGGCUCGCGGAGCUCUACUACUCGCUGACGGAUGCUUACAGCGACAACGAACAGCCGUGGGUCAAGAUGAUGAUUGACUCGCUUCCGGCUGAAAACAAACCUCUGCUUGGCUUCUUCAGAAAGACUUGGGCUGGCCCUCUGCUGACAAUAACGCACGGUGCACAGCUAAUGAGACUCAAGGGAGACGCCGUACAGAACAGAUUCCCUCCCACAUGGGGGAAUGUCAGGCUGUGCAUCCGCUCGGGUAAGCUGCCCAGGGGCGGUCUCGCGGGUGGUCUCUACUGCCGGACUGCGCCGUCACAGUACUCGCCCCAAACGCUCGCAGGCCCAAGCAAUAUGACGGAGAUGUGCAAGGCAAUGCGCCAGAGGCCGCUUACGAGACAGUACUUCCACAGCAUCCGAACGAUUGCGCCGCAGGAUGAUGAGAUCCACCACUUGCCGUACCGGCCCUUUAUCAGGUUUGGCUUCUUCCACUGGGACCAUAACUUGAUGGAAAGGCUGGGCCUGUUCCCGAGUGGUCAGGCGAGUCGUCACGAUCUUUUCCGAUACUGGAAGAGCUUCUUGUCCACCGUCGAGGUCGCUGAGCUUGCCAGAGAGCAGGCUGUCUCCAAAAACAACUACUGGCAACAGGUAGCGGAGCUCAGAGCUCGAAACCCGGCGGCGCUUAUUGGCGAGCCUCAUGACGACGCAGACUACGUCGACGUUUACGAGAAUGAUGUAGAUACCGAAGACGAGGAAAAAGAAAAAGAUUGA